CUUAAUUUCUCCCCUCAUCAUCGCGGUAUAAUCUUCCCCGCACACCGUGUGCUGUGCUUGGACGCGCAGCAUACGCUUCGUUCGCCUGAUCUGGGUAUAGUCAAAGAACCUCUUAUAAUUUUGCUCACUCGUCUCCUCGAGUUUCCCUUCUCAUCAUGUCCACCAAUGACGCCGUGUUCCAGCGGCGGAAUAAGCAGGUUCAAGAUGCCAUUGACGGGCAGAAUCUUAAGCAGGCUCUCCAGCUGAUUGAUAAGCGUAUCAAGAAGGGUGAAGAUACGAGGUUCCUCAAGGCAUGGAAGGCAAAUAUCCUGUUUCGUCACGCUGACGAACUCAACCGCAACCGUGGUAUCGCGGAGACCAUCGAGCUAUGCAAAGCUGAACCGCCCACAACGGAUCUCGACACCCUGGAUAUCCUCCACGAGACGCUGGAGAGGAUGCCUGGUCAUGCGGACACGCUGAGGAGCAUCUGGGAGAAAGCUUCGAAGGCCAACCCCCGGGAGAUGGAUAUCCAGAUGAGAUGGUUCGACUAUGCUUUCGACGGUGACGACUGGAAGUCUGCACAGAAGGCUGCUAUGGCUCUUCAAAGCAACUUCCCUAAGAAAAGGAAGUACUACUUGUGGGCCAUCUUCCUUAGUUAUCUCGUCUCCGUUGACGAGGCUAGCUCGGAGACUGACCGCAAACUUUUUGGAAUGUUGGCCUACCGUAUGGUAUCCAAGGCUGCCGAAAGUGUUCCUUCCGAUUCGAAAGAAUUGCUGAGCACCCCCAGAGCUAUACAAUCAGCUGAGGAGCUGCUACUACUCAUCAAGAUCUUCGAAUCUCAAGGACGGCAUGCCGAGAUUGUGAAGAUCCUCGAUAGUGAGAAUCUGGGCAUCAGCUCACGCCUCAUCCAGAAUGAUUGGUCUUUCAUUGGAGAUAAGCUCUCAAACCUGGAAAAGGCCCAGAUGUGGGCCGAGGGGCUGGCGUACACAAGGGAAUUACUUGCAAUUCCCACAAAUGAGGCUGAACGCAAGGCUCUUCAAGAGCGUGACGACUGGGCGGUCUGGCACCUGCUCAUCGUCGCGACCAAACAGAUCAACAGUCCAGAGACUACGACCGAGACGCAGAAAUUCCUCGACGAUUUCAUUGCGGCUUCACCGAAGUCCCGCAAUGCGCAAUUGGCUCGACUUGACCUUGUGCACUGGUCUUUCCUGUCAGAUAACCUGAAAUCUGAUGAUUUGAUCUCUGCUUGCCAGGAGUACUUCGAUCACAACAAGCACAAGCUUUAUUGCUUUGGUGAUUUGCGAAGCUAUGUGCCAGCACUGGACAAGCCCUCUCUGUUGAAAUUUGUGGAAUAUGUCUCUAAAGGCGCAGAGGUACAAGCUGAAGGGCAAUCUGCGUCCAAAGAAGUUGGAAAGAUCAAUGCGCUCAAGUGCGAAUACUGCUUUCUACUAUCGGCAGACGAAGCCAAUGCGUCUAAGCCCAAAGUCGAGGAGUUCGUUUCCCGGUGCUUGCAGGUCUAUCGCGAGGUCGAACGCCCCGAGAAAAGCUCGGCGCCAUCUACGAUCGAGAGCCAGCCCAGUGAUGACUUAUGUCUGCUUGCAGCCAUGAGUCUAAUUCGCUUCAGCGGCGCAUGGAUUUCUGGCAGCAACGAACAAGUCCCGGAUACUGCUCUUAUCCGCGCAGCAGCAAUCUUGGAGCGCCUUCUGGUUGACUCGCCUCACAACUACCAGGCGCUGCUGCUCCUUGUCCGCAUCUAUCUGCGUCUUGGUGCAGGAUCUCUUGCCCUCAAAACCUUCAGCAAACUUUCCGUUAAGCAGAUCCAGUUCGAGACGGUUGCCCAUAACCUUUUCACACGUCUCGCGACCAUCCACCCACACUCUGCACCGCCGAUUGAGGGAGCAGAGUACAAAGACUUCAACCCUCAAUCUGCUUUCGUCCAAGCCCUCAAUUUCUUUAGGACGGCGGAUGUUACAACUGUUCGGAAUCGUUCCAAGGGACUUGACUAUGGAAGCUACGUGAACAUUCAAGGCACCAUUGAUCUACAGAAGCGCCUUAAGCAGAGUAUCUGCCGCAGAAUGUGGGCAUUGGAUGUGAGACGCAUCCAGCGCCUGGCUGGCGGGGACCCUAUGGGCCGCUACGAAGACAUGGCAAGAGAUAAGUCACCCCUGGUUGAUCAGCGCAUUUUCGAUGCCUUCAUGAACUGCGAAGCACCUGGCCAGCCUACAUUUGAGGAAAGGAUGCGCGUGGGACCCCUGCCUCGUGAUCAAUGGGUGAAAUCUUCAAGAAUGACAGACCAUCUUUUUGACCUUCUGAAAACAAUGGCGGCUCAGAAACCAGUGUCUGUGGAACCUGAAUUGCCCAGUCUCGAAGAUGUUGUGGGACCCAACGCGGAAGCCGAAAUGACUCCGUCUGAGAUCGAAAGUGCCAAGGUAAACUUAAGCAUUUUGACGCUGGCUCUGUUCCUGAACGGAUCAAAGUCAAUCGCCUCCGAACAGGUUGAUGCCUGUCUCAAUCUACUAGAAGAAUGGUUGGAGUCUACGCUUAAAGGCGUGACUGUGAGCGACGCCAAUGUUUCGCCGGUCAUGUCCAGCACGGCGAUCUUUUUGAAAUCAGAGACCCCCACUGCUCCAUCCUGGGCGUACUUCCACAGUCUCUUCAUCGUACUCGACUCUCUCAAGGCCAUGUCCCUUCUCUGCACUGUUGCGCUAAGGAAGGGAGCUAAGGGCAAGCUACCGAAGACGCAGGUGGAAAAGCUGGCUGACGUGACGCGUCAAGUCCAUCAGGGCGUACGAAUCAAUAUUCGAGUCCUCAAAUCUCACAUCUCUGCCCCCGGGGUUCUGGGCUCUCUGACUGACUUGGUUGUGGCUGGCUCUGGCCACGAAGACGGCCCCCAGCUUCGUGCUGAGCUGGACAAGACGCUAGACAUGUCCGCUCUGGAGGUGUUCUGCGGUGAGUUGAUGGAGAGCUGGGAGGAAGGUCUUGGUGGUAUGUUCGCUGUGUCUUUGUAAAAGCCAGCUGAGGCGGUACGCAAUGAAGCAAUACAUGUGAAUUAUACAAUCGCCAGAUUUCAUGGCAUUUCUAUCUUUCGAUACUGACAUGGUCUGACGAUGUGUGACAUUUGUGUCGUCGCGAUCGACAGGGAAC